UAGCAGUGAAAUUGUGAACGCUUCAUUGUAUUGUACGCUGUGUGAAUGAAUUUGGUUUGUGUAUGUCCAUAUAUUGUAUAUGAAAUAUGAACGUAUGAAAUUCCAGCACAGUAUGAAAUGUUCGGUCGAAAAUUGAAUUGAGUGGAAAAAUCUGGAAUAUUGUGUGUGUGUGUUUUAUUUUUUCAUGCGAAAACAAGGUUCUAAGUAUUUGACAUUGGCACAUGUGUGUUGGCAUUUCCACAAAUAAUUUUCACUCAUUGGAAUUUUCACAAUCCAUUGUCGUAUUCCCCCAAAAACGAAUGCAAUACAAUAUUUUCCGCUACCACAUAUACAACAACAUCGAGAUCCACAUUGACGUAUUUCACGUUCAAGCAUCAAAGUGUACAAUAGUGGCACACAACAAUCAAAAGUGUUAGUUUCGUGUUGGCGAUUUAUUUUUUAUGUAUGAAUAUGAAAAAUAACAACGAAAAAUAAAUAAAUCCGAAAUAUUAAAUCAAGAACGAAAUCAAAAGUAGCAUAACGCAUCGCGACCAAACCGACAAAUCCGUGUUCACAUGCCCAAUAUAAAUGCAGACAAAGCGUGUUCGUAACAAAUACAACAAUUCGUUCAGUGCAUUUACACCGUAACCAAAUACAAUAUACAUCAUACAACAGCCGCCGUAAUGAGCGCUGAGCCAACAACACAUAGAGUAUUCUCCGAUUUAGUCUUUAGUCUUUAACAGAGUGUCGUCGAAUUGUGUUGUACACGUGUCGCGUUUCAGCCUCACAAAAAAAAAUUGAAGGAAUUUUUUUUUUCAAACUGAAUUUGUCUCUUUAUCUAUUAUUAUUUUUUGUUUUGUUUUGUGGAACACCAUUUCUCUGCACUACACCAUUUUACUGAACAUGGUAAAUAAAUACAACGAAUAAAUAUUAACGUAAACCAAAAGAAUAAUAACUGAGGAAGACUAGCAUGAGAAAAUGAAAUCAACACAACAUUAGAUUAUAAUUUAAAAAAAUUGAAAUUGGUCGCGAUUGCAACAUAUAAACGAAACAGUUGUUUUCUGUUAUUCCAAUUUCAAACGAACAGUGAAAAGUUAUUUGAAAGAAUAAAAAAAAGAAGUGCAUUUUAUUUCUGUGCAAUCGAAUCGGGGGGACCGUUGUUUGGAGAAAACGCGUUCGUCUGUGCAAAUGGUUUACCAAAUUGAAUACUAAAAACAAUUGAAUUGUACUUUUUUUGACAUCAAAUUGCAAAAAAACCAUCGCUGUUUUUCGGAAAGAUUACAACGUACCCAGAAGUAAUUGCAGAAACGUUUUUCGGGAAGAAAAAGAAGUAAGAAAACAGAAUUUCAGAAUGCCUGCACCACAAAUGGAUGGAUCUGGACCCAGAUCCGAAUUACAGGAGCUGCAAGUCAAAGCAAAUCAAGUUGCUGACGAGUCACUGGAGAGUACGCGCCGAAUGAUUCAACUGUGCGAAGAGAGUACUGAGGUUGGAAUGCGCACGAUCGUCAUGUUGGAUGAGCAAGGAGAGCAAUUGGAUCGCGUGGAAGAGGGUAUGGACCAAAUAAAUGCAGAUAUGCGUGAAGCUGAAAAAAACUUAAGCGGCAUGGAGAAAUGCUGUGGCAUUUGUGUGCUUCCCUGCAAAAAAAAUUCGUCAUUCAAAGAGGAUGACAUCACAUGGAAGGGCAAUGAAGAUGGAAAGAUUAUCAAUAAUCAGCCCACACGUGUAAUGGACGAUCGAAAUGGUGUAAUGCAACAGGCCGGCUAUGUCGUAAGGAUUACCAAUGAUGCACGCGAAUGCGAGAUGGAAGAAAAUAUGGGUCAAGUCAAUACAAUGAUUGGUAAUUUAAGGAAUAUGGCAAUUGAUAUGGGUUCGGAACUCGAAAACCAAAACAAUCAAAUCGAUAGAAUAAAUCGAAAGGGCGAUCAAAAUAAAUUAAGACUCGAAAUGGCCAGCAAGCGUACUGACGAAUUACUAAAGAAGUGAAAUUAUGUUUCUAAAUGUGUAUACUGGCGCUCAAACUUUAAAAUUAUACUUUAGGGCAAUGAAAACUAAAAACACACAAAUUAUAUUGUAGCAAGUUAUCGAUGUGCUUUGCUCAACAAUUUUCAUUUCGCUGUAAAUGUGCAUAUACGAUAGAAAAUUUACAGGUGGAAAGAAAGUGUGUUUGCAUAAACUUAUUCAAAUAAUAUAAAAUUGAAAAUUUUACAUUUUACAUAAACAAAAAAUAAUUGCUUAAGUUUUUCCGACCUUUUCAAAAGAGAAAAAUAUUUAUUUUUCAAUAUUUAAAUUGAGAGACGAGUACAUUCAAUUCUCAAAUACAUUGUAAUGUCACAUUAGUUUACAGAUAUAUGCACGAAAUAAAAAGCAGAUGAAAAAAUGUACUAAA